CUUUUCUUGUCUUGAUUGAUCUACUUUGCAAAAUCAUGGUUCAUCGUGUUCCAUUUACCAAACUUAUUCAUCAUCCUACUGAACCUUCUCUUGUACUUGCCAAUGGUGCAGAAUUUCUUGUUGUCAACACCAAUGAUGGGAAAAUGACAAAGGAAUACCCAAAGGAAAGUGAAACCAAACCCACGUCUCAAGAACUUCAUCGUAAUAUUGAUUUCAGUCAGGAUGGUAGCCGAUUGGUAACUACGGGUGAUGACAAAAAUAUACGCGUCUAUGAUACCACUGAUCAAUGGAAGCAACUUUUCUCUCGACCUGCAAAUAAACGUGUCAAUGCUUUACAAUUCACAAAAGAUGCUUCUACCAUUGUUGUCGCUGAUAAAUUUGGUGAUGUUCACUGUCAUCCUGCUGAAGCUGCCACAGAAGACAAACUGGCCCCUAUUGUUGGUCAUGUCUCAAUGCUUACUGAUGUGAUUUUAUCCGAUGAUGAAAAAUACGUUAUUACUGCCGACCGCGAUGAACAUAUUCGUGUUAGUCGAUUCCCCAAUGGUUACAAUAUUGAAAACUAUUGUCUUGGACAUACAGAUGUUGUCACCGUGAUUCGAUUACUACCUUGGAAUGUGAAUAUGAUGGUCUCUGCAGGUGGUGAUAAUACUAUUCGCACUUGGGAUUUCGUCAAAGGUGCUCAAAUUCAAAGUUUGAAUUACUUGGAUUACAUUAAACAAUAUGUCAAUACUCCUGCUAAUGAAAAUUCACACACUGAAGAUCCUAUUGUGAGUUCCAUCAAAUUUGACAAGACAUCAAAGACAGUGGCUGUUGCAUUUACAAAGGUCUCUGCUAUCUUGUUACUGGAAUGGAAAGACGAUGAGAAAUCACUGGUAUACAAGGAUGUCAUUCAUUGUGAUCGACCUGUAUUGGAUAUCAGUUUUGAUUUACAAGGCAAGUUAUGGACAAGUUUGGCGCCUACUACUGAAUCAGAUGCACUUUUGGUUAUCUAUUCUCCUGUCAAUGAAAAGGUAGUGGGAUAGAUUGUAGAAAUAAAAGAAAAUAGGUUGUAAAUUGACUUUUUUUCUUUUGUUAGUAUGAACUUCUUCCUAGUGAUCACAAUUUAUUAUCUUCAGUAAAUACAACUCAGGUGGAAUUAGUGGAAACCAUGCCUGAUCUCUAUUCUCUUCUCAGUGUACGAAAAUACUAUGAUCAAUUUGAAGAAGAUGAUUCUGGCAAAAUGAAGAAACGAAAAACAGGAUAGAUUUAAGUUAGAAUGUCAUAUAGAUACAAUACAAUUUGUUUAUUUUAUUUUAUUUUAUUUUUUUUUAAAAAAAAAAAAAAGAAA